CCUCCUUCCCCGGCGGGUCCCCCUUCCUUGCAAGCCGCUCCCGCCACGACCCCCUGCGAUUUGGCAAGAAAAGGAGGAGGGCGUCCGUUUGGAGCAGCCUCAAGAUCCUCUGGAACAAGAUCUACCAGACCACGGCCACACAGCCCGGAAAACCCGCCACAACCAGUUGAAUCCGGCCGUUAAAGCCUUGGACAAUAUCCUGCUGCUAUGCCUUUGCCAUUCAGAUUUCCACGCAGAAGUUUAAUAGAGAAGGGGAUCCGUGAGUCGGCCUCGCGAUGGACGCCACUCUGCCAGCCGUGGCCGAGGAAUUGUUGAGAGAGAUCGAAAAAGCUUUCCAAGAGACUUCGCACGUCCCUGACGAUCUCCUCUCCGCGCUUAAAUUCAUUUUUGGGGCUUCUGCCAUCCCUGCUUUGGACUUGGUCGAUCGCCAGUCAGUCACACGGAUUGUGUCUCCUAGCGGAAGGACUGUGUAUCAGGUGCGUGGCAGCUCCGGCAAGCUCUACACUUGCUACGCCUCCUGCCACUUCUGCUCUUGUCCAGCCUUUGCCUUCUCGGUCCUGCGCAAGAGCGACAGUCUACUGUGCAAGCACCUUCUUGCCAUCUACCUAAGCCGGGCCCUGGGGACUUGCCAGGAGCUCACCGUUUCCGACAAGCAAAUGACCAGCCUCUUACUGAUGGAGGAGAUCUUCAGCAUCAGUGAGAGGUGAGGGUCAGGCUUCCCAGUCGGGGGUCUGGAUGCAGGAGAGUGGAAUCCGAACCGGGAAAGACUGGAGUCCUUGGACCACUUUUGCUUUCUUGUUGUCACUCCAGUGGCCUCCGCAAAUCGCUGGUGCAUUUGUGCCAAAUGCACUGUUUUAAGAUUUCUAUUGAGAAAAAACCCAACAACACUCAAUUAAAGUGUGCUCACCUCCA